UGAGAAUCGACAGACGAUCGCUUUUCCGCCCGCUUGGGUCGGGCGGCUCGGCGGGUUCGGUAAUCGGAAAGAAAUCACUCAAGGAAAGCCGAUCGACAAGAAAAAGAGUGAUGAAGAAUUAAAAGAACGAUGAGUUCAGUAGUCUAGUGAAAGCACGUGCUGUGAAUGGACGAGUUUAUAGAAUUGUGCCUUCAGAUUAUAUGUUAAGGCUAUAAGGGACUCUCUCGUUUAAAUGCAAUUUUGUUUUUAAAUUUUAAUUGUACUCGAUUCGGUAAAUUUUUGUGUUCCGUAUAAAAGAAUAUUUAUUAAUAAGUGUCUCGUAGUUUAAUUGUUUUUUUUUUUCUUUUAAUUUUUCGAAGAAUAAUGGAAUUGAAUAGUGUCUCCUCAACAAAUCCUAUCGAUGGAAACCACCACAAAUCCCACGCCGAAGCGGCUCAUGAAAACCCACCAGAGGCCUCAAAACUUUUAUAUGGAAUUAACGACAAUCCACCAUGGUACCUGAGUAUAUUUCUUGCCUUCCAGCACUAUCUCACAAUGAUUGGAGCCAUUGUUUCAAUCCCAUUUAUCCUUACACCUGCCCUAUGCAUGUCCGAUGAAGAUCCCAGCCGAGGUGUUAUAAUUUCAACGAUGAUAUUUGUAACUGGUAUUGUGACUAUGUUCCAGGCAACUUGGGGUGUCCGGUUGCCAAUUGUUCAAGGCGGUACCAUUUCUUUCCUGGUGCCAACUUUGGCUAUUUUAUCUUUACCACAAUGGAAGUGCCCCUCAGCUGAUAAGAUAUUAGAAAUGGACGACGAAGAUAGGGAAGAAUUGUGGCAAGUACGUAUGCGGGAGUUAUCCGGUGCGAUAGCGGUCUCAGCAUUACUUCAAGUCUUUAUUGGCUACACUGGAUUGGUGGGAAAAAUUCUAAAAUAUGUUACACCAUUAACAAUUGUACCUACUGUAUCAUUGGUGGGGUUGACGUUGUUUGAACAUGCUGCGUCUUCAGCAUCAAAACAUUGGGGUAUUGCCGUAGGGACCACAGGCAUGUUAACGCUUUUUUCGCAAAUAAUGGUGAAUAUAGCCAUUCCAGUUGUGGCAUACAGAAAGGGCUCUGGUUUGGAAGUUCGACAGUUUCAUCUAUUUAAACUUUUUCCUGUUCUUCUAACUAUAGCCAUUAUGUGGGGCUUGUGUGGAGUUUUAACAUUGACAAACGUUUUUGAAGAAGGGCAUCCAGCAAGAACGGAUGUGCGUAUUAAAGUUUUAGCAGAUGCUUCAUGGUUUUAUGUCCCUUAUCCUGGACAAUUUGGAAUUCCAACUAUUACGCUUUCAGGUGUUUUAGGAAUGAUGGCUGGAGUACUUGCGUGUACAGUAGAGUCAAUCAGUUACUAUCCAACAGUUUCACAAAUGAGUGGAGCGGACUCACCCCCAUUGCAUGCAAUUAACAGAGGAAUUGGUACAGAAGGUCUUGGUACAAUGUUAGCUGGUCUAUGGGGUGCUGGUAAUGGAACUAAUACAUUUGGUGAAAAUGUUGGAGCUAUUGGUGUGACCAAGGUUGGAAGUCGUCGAGUUAUUCAAUGGGCUGCUGUAAUAAUGAUUCUCCAAGGUAUUAUUGGGAAAUUUGGUGCAGUUUUCAUUAUGAUACCCGAUCCAGUUGUUGGAGGAAUAUUUUGCGUAAUGUUUGGAAUGAUAACUGCCUUUGGACUCUCUACCUUGCAGUAUGUAGAUCUCAGAUCGGCUCGAAAUUUGUAUAUCCUCGGUUUGUCAAUGUUCUUUCCAAUGGUAUUGUGCCGUUGGGUUCAACUACACCCGGGUGUUAUCAAAACUGGCAAUGAAACAUUGGAUUCAACUCUAUCCGUUUUGCUGGGAACAACUAUUCUAGUGGGUGGACUUUUGGGAUGUUUCUUAGAUAAUAUAAUUCCAGGAACCCCCGAAGAACGUGGUCUGAUUCAAUGGGCAAAUGAAAUGCCUCUGGGUACUGAUGAAGAAAAGACCGAACACUCACCUGACUAUGAUUUCCCCUAUGGAAUGAGCCUACUUAAAAAAUGGAAAUGGACAUACCAUGUUCCCUUUCUGCCAACUUAUAAACUGAAGAAACAAAACUAGAUUUUGAACUUUUUUGUUAUUUGUUUUAGAAAGCUAUGUACAUAUUUUUUUUUUAUUUUACAAUUAAAAAAGAUGCAAAAGGCAGUAGUUUUAUUAUCAAA